AUUCUGUUUCACACGGAUCACUCUGUUACUCUCUCACAGCCGUCGAUUGCUCUCCGAAUCCACGGUCCUCGCUGCUCGAUCCCAAACCAAGGUUCAUUCUUCUUCUUCCGCAACAUGCCCCCUUACCCAUACAAAUUGCACCCCAACGACGCCACAAUCCACACAUCGCCUACAAUCUCUUUGAAUCUCUCGCUCGGACGAGGUCUAGUCGGAGAAUCGGUCAGUGUACGCCGCGCUUUUGUUGUUGAUCGUGCGGGGAUUUGGUUUUCUGGUGACUGAAUUCAGUUAUGGAUACCGGAGGGAAGCUGAAGAAGGGUGCCGGAGGCAGGAAGGGAGGUGGUCCGAAGAAGAAGCCAGUGUCCCGCUCCGUGAAGGCCGGUCUGCAGUUUCCAGUUGGUCGGAUCGGGCGAUAUCUCAAGAAAGGAAGGUAUUCUCAGCGUGUUGGCACCGGCGCUCCGGUCUACCUCGCUGCCGUCCUCGAAUACCUUGCUGCUGAGGUUUUGGAGUUGGCGGGCAAUGCUGCAAGGGACAACAAGAAGAACAGGAUCAUCCCAAGGCAUGUUCUUUUGGCGGUGAGGAAUGAUGAGGAACUUGGAAAGCUUCUGGCUGGUGUGACAAUAGCACAUGGAGGUGUUCUUCCUAACAUCAACCCUGUUCUUCUGCCAAAGAAGUCUGAUAAGGUCACAAAGGAGCCUAAGUCCCCAUCCAGGGCCGCAAAAUCUCCUAAGAAGGCCUAGAUUCACUGCAUUCUAGUGGGUGCUUGUCCUGUUCUCUUAGUCUUCUCUGUAUGUAAUUUUUAUUUGUGUCUUUGAUUUGUAGGAAAAUUUCAUGUGCUCAGGGAUUUAGGAUAAUUGUACCCGUUGUUGUUUCUAGCUUCUACGCUCUUGUUAGAACAUCCUUUGUUUUUAAUUAAUGAUGAGAUGAAAUUGUUGGUUUUAGAAA